AUGCCUUCUCUCGAAAAAGCUCUCCCGCAACCUAAGAUUGAGCUAUACAGUGGAAAAUACUUCGCAGCUUGUGGACUUGGUGGUAUAAUUGCCUGUGGCCCAACUCAUACUGCCGUCACCCCGCUCGAUCUUGUAAAAUGUCGUCGUCAAGUCGACUCCAAACUUUAUACCUCCAACCUUAACGCCUGGUCCAAAAUCUACCGUGCCGAAGGUCUUCGCGGAGUCUUCUUCGGAUGGUCUCCUACAUUCGUGGGAUACUGUUUCCAGGGUGGUGGAAAAUACGGUUUCUAUGAAGUAUUCAAAUAUCUAUAUGGCGAGAAAUUGUUCCCUCACGCAAAUCAAACAGCAAUCUUCUUGGGUGCUAGUGCUAGUGCGGAGUUUUUGGCAGACAUGGCACUUUGUCCAUUUGAAGCUAUCAAGGUCAGGAUGCAAACUACUUUGCCGCCUUUUGCAAACAGUUUGAGAGAGGGAAUGUCAAAGGUUAUUAAAGAGGAGGGAUACGGAGGACUCUACAAAGGACUCUAUCCUCUCUGGGGUCGACAAAUCCCUUACACAAUGGUGAAAUUUGCAACCUUCGAAACCACCGUCAACAAAAUCUACGCUUAUUUGGGGAAACCUAAAUCCUCUUAUUCCGGUCUCCAACAAACUGGAGUUUCUUUCCUCGGUGGUUAUAUUGCUGGUAUUGGUUGCGCUGUUAUCUCUCAUCCAGCAGAUGUUAUGGUCUCGAAACUUAACAGUGAUAGAAAAGCCGGAGAAGGAGCUGGAAAGGCUAUGACGAGGAUUUAUGGAAACAUUGGAUUUGGAGGUCUUUGGAAUGGCUUACCUGUUAGAAUUGUAAUGAUUGGAACAUUAACAGCAUUCCAAUGGUUGAUUUAUGAUAGUUUCAAGGUAGCAUUGGGCUUACCUACUACAGGAGGUCAUUAG